GUUUUGUACUUGCUAUAGUGUUUGCUUUUUUAAAAACAAAUCAUAUUUUAUUCAACUUUUUAUAAUUUAUCUCACAAAGUCAAACUUUGAAAUUCGCGCACUAAAUAAGAAUUGAAUUCUGAUUUCAAAAGUCAAACAGCCAAAUGCACCUGUUUGUUAAUAGUCUGUUGGAUAAACCUUCAAAUAAUUGUGGCUGGGCUUGUAUUGAUACAACGGGAGAUGGAAAAUGUAUGAAAGUUCGUGGGUUAGAAUACUCAGAUUUGGACCAAGCAGGAACUUGUCAAAUUCCUAACCCUCCAGAAUGGCCUCCUCUGUUACAAAUACCAGCUCGCGAAUAUCGUGCGGUGACAACUGGUUUUGUUCCAUUUACAGACUUGCCAAAUGGCCCAAAUGAGUCAUGCAGGAGUUCAGGGUCCUGUCCGGCAACUUUCCUUUUCACUGACAUGCUUUUGUUUCGGGUGAACCCAUCUAUAAUGUGCAAAGCCAGUGCUCAUCAAAUUCUACAUUUUCUGUUUCCUUUGAGCAGUCAUCCAUUGAGCUGCAAGAAGUGGUCAGUUGUGUCCAAGGUUUACAUUUGUGGCGCAAUAGCUCUUCUGAGAUUAAUGAUGAGCUAUAUAAAGGUUACCGAAAAGGGAAUUUGGAGAGGAAGAUUAAUAAAAUCAUUGCAGCUUAUGAUUUCUUAAACUCGAAUGGCAGUAGUUUUAAUGUGAACAUAUGGUACAAUUCGACCUAUUAGAAUGACAAGCCAAAGAGCAAUUGCAUUGGCGCGCGUUCCUCAUUUGGUGAAUCUGAUACUAAAGAAUGGCCUCCAUGUUAGUUACAAAUCAAGGGGAUAAAAGAAAGAUCGACUGCUUAAUGGGAAUCCAUCCUAGAGUUGGAAUCUGCUUGCUGAGCACACAGUCCCCUAUCUCAUUUCUAGAUGUUUUUGGUCUGAAUUUCAAGCAUUCUGAUGCAGUUUAUUCCACUUCCAUAUGCAUGCCUGCAUGCCUUCAUGUAAAUUUUUUUUUGAUUUCUAGUUGAAAUUUUCUUCAGAGCUAGUUUUUAGCAAUUUCAAUCAAUUAAAUUUGAACCAGAUGAUUUUUUAGUAACACUUGGUGUUCCAAUGGUGUUUGAUAGCUUAAAGGUAGAUAUGGAGGAUCUUACAUGUUUACAAUGACAACGUCUUCGGAUCACGAGGAAGAUGUGGUGAAGAUGGUGCGACAUCUCUCCCCAAAUGCUAACAAGAUAUACCACUUAUCUGGAACUCAGAAGUUUGAACUGCCUAAACAUUCUCAUUUUUUUCAU